CGGAACCCUGAGAAUUAAUUCGAAUAUUUCCUUCGAACGUUCCAUGCAUUAUGCUAUCGUAAUGGCGCAUCUCUGCGCCUUCCAAUCUUGACUUCACAUUAAUGCCACCAUCCUCCCUCCUCCGGCUUCCAUUCCUCCGCCCCACCUGCUUCUCCAUCCUCCCCAAUGGCAUUCUGCACGCCCGCCCCUUCACUUCGACCGGCUUGUCCCAGACGAAACAGCUUCCUCCUCGUCGCGUGAUACUUGACUCGGAGGUUGAAGAGAACUUCCUCAAAGGGAGCGGACCUGGGGGCCAGAAAAUCAACAAGACGUCGUCGGCUGUCCAGCUCAAGCAUCUUGCUACAGGCAUUGUGGUAAAGUGCCAGGAAACCAGGUCGAGGAGCCAAAACCGCAAGAUUGCAAGGAGGGUGCUAGGAGAACGCAUUGAGGAGCUGGAAAAGGGUGAGGAGAGUCGAACUGCUAUUAAGGCAAGAGCGAAGAGUAAGAAGAAAGCCAGUGCAGAUAAGAAGAAGCGGAGGAAGUAUAGGGCAUUGGGAGAGGCUAAGGGUGGAGAGUUAGAAGAUGUAGCGGAGGAUGUCGAUUGUGUUGGACUGAGGGACAAUGCUCAACGGUUGACCACGGGCGACACUGGGAAGUUGUGAUACCUAAGCAUCAUCGCGCGUUAUGACUCCAGCAUCAUGACUAGCUAUUAUAGUGUGCCGAUGUGUGUUAUCAUAACUGAUAGAAAGGAAGCAUGAAGGGAAUCGGUUGCGAUGUGAGGCACCAUUGCCUUCAACCAGCUCCUUCAAGUGCCACUGCAAUAACAAGCGUCAAUGACCUCACGCC